UUAGUAAUUACUUUUCUCCGUUAAAGGCAAGUUAAAAGUGAAUUUAGUCUGUUUUGAGAGGUAUGUUGAAAUCAUAAUCAGAAAAGAUUGAUUAGAAACGGUUCACAGUGAGUCUACAGAAUAUGUACUUCAGUCUUUCUAGGAUAAACCACUCAGUUAAUGUGAACUCUGUCCAAGGAUGAAAUUAGUCUUAUCCAUAAAAGAAGAAUUUUACUAAUUUUAAGAGUAUCUAAUUUAAGCACCAGCCAGGCAUUUUAAUCGCAGGGAUCAUCCACUCAUCCUUUUAAAAUACGUCAUGUCUGAUGAGAAGAAAUCACGAGAAGAAAUCAAGGAAAAAGUGGGAGUUGCUUUAGAUUGUCUAGGAAAGAUUUGUACAGCAGCCUCAGGAAUAAGUCCUAUUUUUGGAAUAGCUGGUUGUCUUUUACAGCUAGCCUCUGCAUCACUAAAGGGUGAAGAGCUGGAUGAUAUAAAAACUGGAUUCAGAAAAGCUGAAGACGGCCUGCAAGGCAUAUCUGAGGGCAUAGCUGAUAUGAUGUUGCAAAUAAAAGAAGAUAAAGCCCUGAAAAGGUUCAAUGAGAUUGAAUUCCGUAUAAAAAAUCAAUUUAGAGCAUAUGUGGAAGCUGUAGAGUGUGAACAAGAAAGAAAAAGUAUUAAAAUAGAUGAUUUUCUAACACAGUAUACAAUGAACGGAUCACAUAAGCAUAUCUGUGCUCUCUAUGACAGUGUGAUGGGCAAUAGAAAACUUUUCAGUGAACCGAUUCUCAAAGUAUAUAUGGAUGUGUAUAGGGGAAACAAAAAUGACAUGAAGAAACUUUGUGAUCACCUUAAGUACUUGUUUGCUAUAGGUAUUAUUACAUAUAUGGAAUAUGUUUAUAUAGUAUCAGAUGGUGAUCCUGGUCCUGAGGAGGAGUGGAAGAGCAAAAGUAAGGAUGUCUGGGACAAAAUGGAUGCAGUUCUUAAACAGUGUAAGUAAUGUGUUUAAAAGUUAGUAUUGGCCAAAGACUGCAAUAGUCUAUCUGACUAAAUGCAAAAGUACCGAGUUAAUUUUCUCUGGUGGUGAUAAUCCUCCAAACUCCCAAAAGGGACCAAGUCCCCCACAGAGGCUUACAUGAUUAUUUGACCAAACAGAAGAGGACUUAAAUGGAUGAGAGUUUCAACCAAAAAGUAUCUGUCAUCAUUUUCUCUCCUGGAGCAUAUCCAAAAUGAAGAGUUUGAUAAUUGAAAGACAAAUUCAGCAGCUGCAAGCUUCAUUUUGUAAAUUUGCUGGAUUUGUUUGUGUUGCUAUAUAAUACUGAUAGAAUAUUAGGUCACUUUGUUGAGUUUCUGCACUGUUGGUAUAUUUAGAGGUCUUCUGCAUCAUUGUACUGUACUCUGUGUGCUACUGACCAUUGAAGUAUUCUUUGACAAUUCAUAUUUAGUGCAUCAUGUAUCAACAGAGUGACCCACUGAAUCAUCAAUAUUCAAAGUACAUUCCUCAUUUAAAUGCAGAUUUUUUUUGCCAUCACAUUCUAUGUUUGAAGAAAUAUGCAUUUUAGUAAUUAGUCAUGUUAAUAUUUUAUCUGAUAGAUGUUUGUUCUUAAUCCACAAGUGCAUUUGGUUUGAAAUCCACUACUAAUCAAUUAUGAACUUUGCUUUGGAUUUGAGAUUUAAUGCAUCUGAUGAAUAUAGUUCAACGAUUAGAGCAGGAACCGUAUGUUCUAAGAUGACUCUAAUCUGAUUUUACUUCUGAUGGUUUUCUGUUUGUGGGUUAAUUCUGUGGGGAAAACAAUGUCUGUUGCUCUGCUUGGAUGUCUUUAUAAUCCAGUUUUGCAUCUUGAAUCUUACCUGCCUGCUAGGCGACUAAAUUAGGUGUCCUAAUAAACUGCAAAGACUUUGCAGUUGGUACUUAAACAGUGAGAACAUGACAGAUGUGUGCCCAUGAACACUCUUUGUUUGUGAUUGCACCUCCCUCUUCCCUACUGUUUACACAAUUAUCACGUGGCUUUUCAUGAAAGUCAGGCCUCUGCCUUUUUCUUUUUCUUUGACUUCAAGAAUAAAACAACACUUCUGAAAUACUGUGAUGAAAUUUAUCUUACUUGAGCAGUGAUUGUGUUUGGAAAAAAAUAUUUUAAACUGUGUAAAUUGUUGUGAUGUACAAGAGCUUGUAAUUUAUAUCAGAUUUCAUGUAAUUUAUAACGGUAGAUAAAUUCUAUCGAUGUGUAACAGUAA